CAGGAUGAAACAACUUCACAGGAAAAAAUAAUAGAUCAGGAAGAUCGGAAUGGGAUUUCACUCCUACCCACAGAAAACUUGGAAAGACAGAAGACUGAAGGUGAAAUACCACACUUGCAACUUAUUCUCCAGGAGCCUCGGCAGGAAGCUGUGAUGGUCGCAGAAAACAUGAAGCAGAAUAAGAAUGUUGGACCUGAGGUGAAAUUGCAAGACUUGCAGACUCUGGAAGCUCCAGCCUCUUAUGUAGACUGCUCUUCUACUUCUACAGGUGUGUCAGGAGAGCUGGUGAAUUCUGAAGUGCAAAAGCCUUUUGAUGACACUUUCGUGCUCCCUGAGGCAAGAACAGAUGGCUUUCCCAAUGGAAGUGAGCAGUUUACUGAGGAAAGUUGUCUGCCUGGAAUUCUAGAAUAUCUUGCUGCAGAGAAACAGAAAGAGCUGUCAGUUUUGCUGCUGGAACUGAAAGAAGCCCAAGAAGAAAUAACUUUUCUGAAAAGGCAGCUCAAGGGCCCAAACAGCCAAACUUCUACAGGUAACCAAACAGAAGAAGCAGCUAACCAGCUGGAAGGUAAUUCUCGGAUACGGUUUCUUGAGAGGGAAGAGCAAAAAGCUUCAUAUACAAAAAAUGAGUUGGGCAGUAGCUCAUUACUGAGAGAAAUAGAAAUGCAGCAAAUUGGUGUGCUUCAGGAAAACAGAAUCAGUCUUCAGGAAGUGCCCCAGGGGAGCACUGUCCCCUGCAGAGGGGAGAUGGAGGCAAUGCAAGAAGUCUCUACAGCAGAUCCAGAGCCUGGCAUCUCUCAAUCUCAAGAACUGAUAAAGUUACAAAACCAAAUUACAGAACUGCAAAUAAUUCUGCGGAAAUCAGAAGAAUCCUAUAAGAAAGAUCUAGGAGAAAAAGGUGCAGAAAUAAAUAGGCUAAACCAGUUGGCUGAGGAAUACAGAAAAAAAAUAGAGGAUUCUGACAGUGCAUUUUGUGUUUUGACUGAAGAACGAGAUCAGCUCUUGUGUCAGGUGAAGGAACUCUCUACCAUAACAGAACUGAAAGAGCAAGUGAAGCAACUUGAGGAAAAUCUAGCUCUUUCAGAAAAGCAGAGACUGUCAGAGAGUCAAAGCAGUCUUCUGAGAGAACAAAUCCAGAGCCUUAAAAAUGAAUUUAAAUCCAAGGAGAUAAAAAUUGAAGCUUUGCAAAAAGACUUGGAUGAAGCACAACUUCAGCUUUCUGACCAGGACAUGCAACUAAAAGAUCUGAGAAGCCAGAUCAAGAAAAAGGAAUGUGAAGUACUUGAUCUAGAACAACUUUUGAGGAAGUAUACAGCUGAGAUCGAAGAGCUUUCCCAAAACUUAGCCUCAAAGGGAUGUGAAGCAGCAAGUCUAGAACAGCUUGUUGCUGAACACACCAGGUCUAUAGAGAGCCUGCAACAAACCUUGCUGGAGAAAGACCAACAGAUGACAGAGAUCAGUGUCAGCAUGUCUGAGAAAAUGGUCUUGCUGAAUGAAGAGAAAUUUUCUCUAGGAAAUGAGCUUAAGAGUCUUAAAGAACAAACAAGUCUGUUACUAAAAACCCAGGAAGAAAAAGACCAAAACAUAGAAGCAAGAGAUACAUAUCCGAAAUGUGGGGCAUCUGAGCAGCAGUAUGAGACAGAGGCAGCAUGUGAAGAAAGUGAGGUAUUAGUAAAUAAACUUGAACUUCUGAAAAAAGAAAACGAGCAAGUAAAGCGGAAGCUGCAAGCAGCACUUGUUAACAGGAAGGAGCUUCUGAAGAAGGUUAGCAAAUUGGAGAAUGAAUUAGUACAACUGAGAAGAGAACAUGAAUCAGAAACCUCAGUGGCUCAGGAAGCUGAAGGGGAAGAAAAUAUGACAAGCGUGAUAAGCAGAGAAGUGAAUCUUGAAAGCCAGCCCAGUGAGGAGUAUCUAAUUCAACUGCUUUCUGAAAAGGAAUCUGAGUUGCAGAGCAUCCGGAAGGACCUGCUGGAUAAAGAAACUACUGAAGCACAAUUGCAGGCAGUGAUUGAGGAAAUGAGGCAAAGCUUGCAAGGUAAGACAAACAUUGUUUCAAUUAAAGAUGAAAUCAUGGAGAGUCAGACAAUUGCUGACAAAGUAACUGAAACCAACAAAAGCCCAAAAGAUUAUGAAGAAAAUGAAAAAAAUAGUUCAGCAGCUACAAAUCUUGAAGAAAACCAAAAGUCUGCUCUGAAAGAGAGGAUUUCAACUCUUGAGCAAGAAAAAGAACAACUUCAAAAAAAACUUCAGGAAGCCCUGGUAUCUCGCAAAGACACUAUAAAAAAGGCUCAAGAAAAAGACAGGCAUCACAGAGAACAGCUGAAACAGCAGAAGGAUGAUUACAACAUCCUACGAGAACAAUUUGAUAAGCAAAGCAAAGAGAAGGAGAGCAUCCAAGCUCAGCUCAAACAACUCCAAGAACAGAAAGGAUCAACAGAGAGUGUUCUUGGGAAUCAGGGUGGGUUGGAUUCUUCACACAUGGAAGCAGAAAAUACAACAAAUAACAAGUUUGUACAAGUUGCAGAUAUUUCUGGGGAAGAGUUUAAGAAAAAACUUGAAAAAUUGCGGAUGGAAAAAGAGGAAUUGGAAUAUAACGUUAGCCAUAUGCAAAGUGAACUUGCUUGCAAGUCAGAAUUAGUCUUUCAUUUGCAAGAGCACAUAGCACAGUUGUUUCUGGAGAUAGAAGGGCUGAAGAGAACCUCUGACCAAGCUGAAGCUAAGGCAGCAAGUCUUCAGACAGAAUUGCAGGAGAGCCGAGCAAAAAUUUCUAGAGAAGGCAGUCUGGAAGACCUGAAAACACUUAUGCACCAAAAGGAUGAAGAAAUGGAAUUUCUUAACUUGCAGUUAAGGGAGAAAAGUGAAGCUCUCAAUAAUGUGCAGGCACAGUUGCUGGAAAAAGAGGAUUCGGUCAAAAGACUACGUAGUCAGUUGGAAACUCAAGCUCAGGUACAUGAGGAACAAAGCAAGCGACUGCAAACAGAGUUGCUUGAAAUUCAGGAGAAGCAAGAUGACAGUGCAGAAGCAGCUAAACAGAAGAAUCAAAUGCAGAGAAAGUUGCAAGCUGCACUUAUCUCUAGAAAAGAGGCACUAAAGGAGAGCAAAUCUCUAAAAGAGGACCUGGCUAAUGCUAAAAGUACUAUUGAAAAUCUUUGUGUCAAGUUGACAAAUAUGGAAAGCCAAAUAUGCGGCCACGUUAAAGAAACAGAUACCUUAACAGAAAAGUUAGUGGGCCUCACUGAAGAGCGAGAAAAACUUACUGCAGAAGUUGAUAAAGUACUUAGAGAAAAUCAGAAUCUUGAUGGAUGCUGCAAAAACCUGACAUUUACUCUAGAUAGAGUUGUUCUAGAGAAGGAGAAGCUGGAGAAGGAGAUGGAAUCCUUGAAAUGCUUUCAAGCCACUGAGAGUUCUGAGUGGCAUGAGAAAUACGGGGAGCUUCAGAAAGAAUAUGAAACUCUCCUGCAGUCAUAUGAGAAUGUGAGUAAUGAGACUGAGCGGAUUCAGCGUGUUUUGGAAACCGUUAGGCAGGAAAAGCAGGAAAUUUUCAUUAAGUUGAAAAGCGUUGAAGCAAAAAAAGAGGAAACAGAUAAGCAGCUACAGGAAGCUGGACAGGAAAUUGAAGGAAUGAAGGAGAAGAUGAGGAAAUUUGCAAAAUCAAAGCAACAAAAGAUCCUGGAACUAGAGGAGGAGAAUGAGAAGCUUAGAGCAGAGAUGCAUUUUACAGAUGGAGAGCUACCCAGGACUGGAGAUGUCUUUACAAAUACUAGCCUGAAAGAAGAUCUGGAGAGCUCUAGGAGGGAUUACCAGUCUCUUUCUACUCAGCUUGAGACAGUAAUGGCUGAAAAGGAGUCUCUUAAUCAAGAGAUCGCAGACUUAAAGUGUCAUUUGCAGUUAACAGAAGCUAAGCUGAAGGAAAGCAGGGAACUAGUAAACAAGUAUGUUGCUCAGAAGACAACAGGGGAAGAAACAAAUCAGGCAGUUACCACACCACCACUAAUGACUGAAAAUCAAGUGGACAUAAGUUUUAGAUCAGAGUCUCCUACUGCAGAGCUGGAACAAAAAGCAUUUGAAGGUAGUAGCCCUUGUGAAGAUCUUGGUACCUAUGUACAGCAGAUAGCUGAGCUCACAGAGCGAAUCACAGAACUAGAAGAUAAUAGGAGGGCUUCAGAGCAACAGCUGGGUGACAUCCGCAUGUGUGUUGAGACUUUAGGAGGUGAGAAAAGGGCUUUAGAGAUCCAAAUGGAAGAGAAAGCCCAUGAGUUGAAUGCUCUUCAGGACACAGUAGCAAAGAUGGAACAAAUGGUCCAAAAAACCAAAGAUGACCUUGUCAGAAUGACAGAACUGAAGAACACACUAGAGGCUGAGAAGGAUGAUUUGGAAGAAAGGCUCAUGAAUCAGCUGGCAGAACUUAAUGGGAGUAUUGGAAACUAUCAGCAAGAUGCAACAGACUUCCAGAUCAAAAAUGAGCAACUGAAACAUGAGCUUCAGAGUUUGCAGAGAAUGAUGCAUGAACUGGAGGAGGAGAAAUGUCAGAUGGCAAAGGAGAAAAGUAAAGCAAGUUCAGAAAAGCAAAAGGAAUUUGUUGAAAAGCUAAAAUGCAGUUGGAGGGGAGACAGCAGCUCACAUGUAAAGGAGCUUCAAGAACUGCUGAAACAGAAACAGCAGGAGAUUAAGCAGCUGCAGAAGGACUGUAUUAAAAGCCAGGAAAAGAACAGUGGUUUAGAAAGAACUGUUAAAGCUCUGGAAUUUGUGCAGUGUGAGUCUCAGAAAGAGGUAGAAGCAGCCAAAGAGGCUUUAGCUAAAGCGGUUGAAGACACCAAGAAAGCCCAAGCAGAGCUUGCUCUCUGCAGAGUGGUAUUGGAUGACACCCAGAGUGAGGCAGCAAGGGUUUUAGCAGAGAGUGUCAAAGUGAAAGAAGAGUUGCAGGCAAACAAAGAGAAUAUUAAAAUUCAAAUGAAAAAAAAAGAUCAGGACUUCGAGAGAAGACUGGAACAGGAAAAAGACAAGCACUCAAAGGAAAUUAAAAAUGUGGAAGAAAAGCUGGCAACUUUGCAGAGGGAGAAAGACUAUAUGGAAACAAUUGUUGGUGAUCUUCAAGACUCCUUGAAGACCAAGGAUCAAGAAGCCAAGCAAUUGGAAGGCAGCCUAAACAAAACACUAGCCCAGCUUGCAGCCUUCACCAGGAGCAUGUCUUCCCUUCAGGAUGACAGGGAUAGAGUGAUAGAUGAAGCAAAAACAUGGGAGAAGAAAUUCACUGAAACUAUUCAAAAGAAGGAAGAAGAAAUACGUUCAAAAGAGGAAACUUGUGUUGUGCUAAAGGACCAGAUGAAGCAGAUGACCAUACAUGUGCAAGAACUUCAGGCUCGUAUAUCCAGGCUGGAAUGCAACAAGAAGGAGUGGGAGUCUGAAUCCACAAAGGAGAUUCAGCAUCAUCAAAAGACAUGUGAAAUAUUGCUGGAGGAAAAAAAGGAGCUUUUGACUCAACUUGAAGGGUCUCAGAAACUGUACACCAAGUCUCAGAAUGAACAGCAGAAACUGGAGUCAGAAAUCAGCAGCCUGAGAGACCAGCUUGCUGACCUACAGAAUUCCUUCACCAAAUGUGAAUUGGUUAGGGAAGAGCUGGGGAAUAUGGUCAAGCAACAAGAGACCAGUAUCCAGAAUUUUAAAUUCAGCUGUGAACAGCUUGAGGCUGAUCUGCAAGCUUCCAAGGACCUAACGAAUAAGCUGCAUGAAGAAACUAGUGCCAAGGAUCAAAAGAUCAUUGGUUUGCUGUCUGCCAAGGAAGAAGCAGUUAUGGCGGCUCUAUCUGAAUUACAGCAGCAACAUUCUGAAGAGAUGAAGGAGUUGGAGCAUAGGCUAAGUAAGGAGGAAGAAGAUAAAAAAGCUUUGGAAAAUGAGAAGAACAAAUUUCUUGACAAACUUGAUCAUCUCACUGAAAAGAUGAAGAUAAGCAGAGAAGAAAGUAAGCAGCAGAAGGCACAACUGGACUCCUUCACCAAGUCCAUGACAUCUUUGCAAGAUGACAGAGACCGCAUACUGAGAGACUACAAGCAACUUGAAGAACGUCAUCUUGUUAUAAUCUUGGAAAAAGACCAGCUAAUUCAAGAGGCUGCUGCUGAAAACAAUAAGCUCAAGGAAGAAAUCAGAAGUUUUCAUAGCCGAAUGGAUGACCUCAACUCUGAGAAUGCCAAGCUGAAUGCAGAGUUGGUGCGGUAUAGAGAAGACCUGAACCAAGUGAUUUCAAUAAAGGACUCCCAACAGAAACAGCUUCUCAAAACACAGCUUCAGCGGAUCCAAACUCUGGAAAAGGAGAAGGCAGUCAUAGAAACACAGCUGAAAGAGUCCAAGCAUACUCAGGAUGAUCUCAGGAAGUGCAUGGAAGCCUUGAGAGAGGAUAAAGUCAGUAUGUCUCAGGAGAUUGAAACCCUUAUGUCCUCUCUGUCUCGGGUGCAGAGUGAGAUGACAUCAUUACAUGAGGGGGGUCCUAUCACGGAGUGUCAAACACAACUGAAGGUCCGAGAGGAAGAAGCACAAGAACUGAGUCAUAAGCUUUCCCUCUCACAGAAAAGGAUAACAGAACUUGAGGGGGAACUAGUAUGUGUUCAAAGGGAUGCAGCCAAGAGAGUGGGAGAGGCUGAGGACAGGCUUCGAAAGGAAUUGAAGCACCUACAUCAUGAUGCAGGGAUAAUGAGGAAUGAAACAGAAACAGCAGAAGAGAGAGUAGCAGAGUUGGCACGGGACUUGAUGGAAAUGGAACAGAAAUUUCUUGCAGUCACAGAUGAAAACAAAGAUCUCAGAGCUCAAAUUCAGUCUUUUGGGAAGUCCAUGAGCUCUCUGCAGGAUAGUCGGGACCAGGCCAAUGAAGAGCUUCAUGUUUUGAAACAGAAAUACUCUGUAGACUUAGAGGAACAAAAGAAUCUAGUACAGAAUCUUCAGAAACAGAUGGUUCAGCUACAAAAGGAGCAACAUUCCACUGCCAGGGACCGAGAUACAGUGAGGUCUGAGCUGACAGAACUGCAGAAAGCCACCGAUGAAAGAGGUCUUUUGGCCCAGAUUGAGAAACUUAAUCAGAAGCUCAGAGCCAAAGAUGAUGAGCUUCUCCAUUUGUCUUCAGAACUGGAAGGCUCUUCCAACCAAGUCAAAUCUUUCUCCAAGGCUAUGGCAAGCCUGCAGAAUGAGCGAGAUCAUCUGCUGAAUGAAUUGGGCAAAACAUGUAAGAUUGAAGAAGUGAAACAACAAGCAGAAGGGAGCACUUCCACCACUCCUUCAGAAGUGCAGAGUCUUAAGAAGGCACUGUCCUCCUUGCAGAAUGACAGAGACAGAGUAGUAAGAGAGCUGAAGAAUCUGCAGCAGCAAUACAUACUAGUCGGGGUAGAAUCAGCUGAAAAUUCUCGCUUAAAAGCACAACUGCAGGAAUAUCAACAAGACGCAGAUAAACAGCAUCGUCUCCAAGAACAGCUGAAGCAAGAAAGUAUUUUCUACCAGCAGGAGCUCCAGCAGCUUAGACAAGAAAAAACUACCUGGGAAAAGCAGCACAGCAGCAUAAAGGAGCAGUACCUGAUGGUCAUAGCAGAAAAAGACAAGCAACUGAGCCAUUUACAAAGGAUCACGCAAGAAAUGAGACUGCCCCUCAGCAAGUCUCAAAUUGUAGAGGAACAGUACCAAACAAAGAUUUCUUCAGAAGUUCUGAGAGGGGACUUUUCAAGCCUAGAAACAGAGACAAAACAUCUCCAAGCCCAGCUAAUUGACAGCCUGAAAGAACUGCACCACAAAGAGCUCAGAAUUCAGCAGUUAAACAGCAAG